CCUAAAACUAGUGUUUCCUCGAGUGAGAAUUGCCUUCUUCAAUACGUCGUCUCACUCCCCCGCCACCACCACCGUCACCAGCCUAUUUCCUCUAAAACUCUAUAAAUACCUGUUCUUUCCCUAUUUCCCUCCUCUCUCCUCUCUGCUUCAUAAUCUGUUCGGUCCGAUCAUAAAAUCCCAUUUCUCUCCCUCUCCCCCGCCAAUUCUCCAUUCACAGAAAGGGUCUUCCCCCGCUUCCUGCUUUUUUCCCGGUGGCCGGCUGGCAAUUGCUAGAACAACCGUUUCCACCUGGAUCAUUCAGGCAGAUACGGAAGUGCAGAUUGGCCAGCAAAAGUCCUUUCCGGAACAACCCUUUUUGACAAAUAAUGUUCAACAAUAAUGUUCAACUUUAAUCGCUUGCUAUAAAUGUGGUGCAGCUUCGGAGAUGAGAAGUUUCCAGGAAGUCUGCGCUUGAUGGAUAGCACUCCCAGUUGCAGUGACAAGAAAACAUUGAAGAGGUGGUUUUUCAUUGACAAGAGGGUCGGGUAAACAAUCACGGAAGGCAGAUCAUUCUUUGCAAGUGCUUUGUCAUACACCUAACUCUCUAUAACUAGCUCACAAAGUGUGUGGUCCGAAUGGAGAUGAAAUCAAGCAGUUCGUCUCCAGUUCUAACUGAUCCAUCUCCAAUAAACAACUCGAGACUCGGUAUCCAUACCGGUCUGCCUUCAUUCUCCUCUGGGAAGUACAUCAACAUCCCUAGGAAAAAGAUAGGCAAGCUUGACGACGUUCGAUCUAAUGGAUGGCUCGAGGCCAUGAAAUCAUCAUCACCUCCUCGCAAGAAACUCAUCAAGGAUUUGAUCACUGCAGCUGAAGAUCCGGACUUUGCUUAUUGCUCCUGGCUGCUCAAGUAUCCAUCAGCAAUAAAAUCGUUUGAGCAGAUUACCCAUUCUGCAAGGAACAAGAAGAUAGCAGUGUUUCUAGACUAUGAUGGAACUCUGUCUCCAAUAGUAGACGACCCAGAUCAAGCUCUUAUGUCCGAGGAGAUGCGUUCUGCUGUAAGAAAUGUAGCAAAGUAUUUUCCAACCGCCAUAAUUAGUGGAAGGAGCCGUGACAAGGUUUAUGAGUUGGUAGAAUUAACAGAGCUCUACUAUGCCGGUAGUCAUGGGAUGGACAUCAUGGGCCCUACCAACCAAACAGCGCCCACUGACCCCCAUCUUAACUCUUGUGUUGAAUCUACUAUUGACAAACAGGGCAAGGAGGUCAACCUUUUCCAGCCCGCCAGAGAAUUCAUUUCCAUGAUUGACGAGGUUUUUAGAACCCUCGUUGAAAAUACGAAAGAAAUCAAAGGUGCAAAAGUUGAGAACCACAAGUUCUGUACGUCUGUACAUUAUCGUAACGUAGAUGAAAAGCAUUGGCCGACUAUUGCUCAACGUGUUCAUGAUAUCCUAAAGGACUACCCUCGCUUGCGAUUAACUCACGGGCGGAAGGUUUUAGAAGUCCGGCCAGAGAUAGACUGGGAUAAAGGGAAAGCAGUUGAAUUUCUGUUGGAGUCUCUUGGUCUAAGCGAUGGCAGAAAUGUGCUGCCGAUCUACAUAGGGGAUGACCGGACGGACGAGGAUGCAUUCAGGGUGUUAAGGCAAGGGAAGAAAGGGUAUGGGAUUCUGGUAUCGUCUGUUGCUAAAGAGAGCAAUGCUUUCUACUCUCUCAAAGAUCCUACUGAGGUAAUGAGAUUUCUGAAUUCCCUAACGAUAUGGAAGAAGCUGCUUGAAGGUGGUGGGAGUGGAGGAAAGAUGAACAGAAGAACAAUUUAGUAGUGGGAAUUCUAAUAAUAUGCUUCAGGCAAAUAAAACGUUUCACUUUUUUUCAGAGCAGCCAAAUAGUUUGCUCUGUUUGUUUUGGUUUCCUUUUCCCUUUUCACGUUCUAGAGAGAAUGAUGCAUGCAGCCGGCUAAUGUUGGUGCAAGCCAAGUACUAGCUAGCCCUUCUCAGUUCUCUCCAUAUAUAUAGUCUUGAGUACCCUUCCAAAAGUUCGUUGAUUACCACAGAAUUUUGUUCUAGAUCUCGUAUUCAAUGUAAGAUGACAAUAUUUAAUUUGCGCGUUUGAGGUAAUAAAAUAUAUUGUAUCAUCUUAGUCUUACUAUAGAGCACAACAU